AUGGAGCAUAGUUUAUGGAAUCAUUUGCCGUUGCUAGUAAGAGCAAACUCUAAAGAAUCAGUAGAGUACAUUCUUCAAGCUCUCUGGCGAACUCGUCAAACCGGUCUCGAUUCCGCCGACCGACUUGUCAUUCGCGACAUCCUCCAACUCCCAAACGACACUGAUCUCGACCCCUUAUUGGUUUGUCUUCGAAUGCUGAUUCGAAGGUGUGUGUACGAGAAUGUAAGCAAAGAUGAUAUUCAGAAGUUGUUUCCUGAAGAGGUUUUGCCGGAAUUGCAAAGGUUAUUGACGCUUUUACUGCAGAAGUUUCAGACAGAGUGGCGAGCGGAUGUGUUCAAAGAUCAGGUUGGUUUUCCACGGUUGAAGGCAAUGACAUGGAAUAUGGCGAACCAGGAUGCAGCGGAAGGGACUGAUCCUGUCGCUGUUAUCAAUUUGAAGCUUCAAGAUGAUACAGAGUCUCAAUCAGAAGUGAAGUUCCAAUUAGGUAAAGAUACUCUAGAAACAAUGGUGAAGUCCAUGUACUGCAUAAGAGACCAAUUGUCUGACUUGGGUGGGGCAUCAAAUAGGCAGUUAUCUCAGGGAACCAACAUAGUCUAG